GCAGCUUCUGCUCCCUUGCUCAGUCAGCCUUGGACUGCUGAACACAGAGAACGGCAGGACAUCACUCAGUGAAACCAAAGACUGCUAAUAUGGCAGGGAAGCCAGUACUUCACUACUUCGAUGGACGGGGAAGGAUGGAGUCCAUCCGAUGGCUCCUGGCUGCAGCUGGGGUAGAGUUUGAAGAGAAGUUUAUAACAUGUCCGGAAGAUUUGGAAAAGUUAAGAAAGGAUGGAGUUCUGAUGUUCCAGCAAGUGCCCAUGGUGGAGAUGGAUGGGAUGAAGCUGGUGCAGUCCAGAGCCAUUCUCAACUACAUCGCCACCAAAUACAACCUCUAUGGGAAAGACACGAAGGAGAGACUCCUGAUUGAUAUGUAUACAGAAGGCGUGGCAGAUUUAUAUGAAUUGCUCUUACAUUUGAUAAUAACUCCUCCAGAUCAAAAAGAGAGCAAGAUGAAUUUGAUUAGAGACAAAGCAAAGAAUCGUUUCUUACCUGCCUUUGAAAAAGUGUUAAAGGGCCAUGGACAAGGCUAUCUUGUUGGCAACAAGCUGAGCAAGGCUGACAUUCUCCUGACUGAACUUUUGUACAUGGUUGAAGAGUUUGACGCCAGUCUUUUGGCCAACUUCACCCUGCUGCAGGAACAUGAAGCCUGCUCCUCUUGACAGCAGGGACUGUUUACUGGGGCUUGCAGAUUUCCAGAGUGACUGAACAACAGCAGCAACAACAAAAAGCUCUUGCUUCUUCGUUUCACGUUAUUCUGGCUCCUUUGCUGCCUUAACCUUUGGAUCAGAUUCUACUCAACCGUACGUGUGGACAUGCUGAACAUUUGAAAAAUGUUUGUCCAAAACUAUACCUCAGGGAAACUUGCCACAGACUUGCUUAGCCUCACUCCUCUCCCUUCAAGGCCAGAGAUGCCUACCAGCCACCACAACCCGAAUCAAACCUCAGAGGGAGAAAAAGAGGCGGGACUCCAGGUUUUGAAGAUCUCUGCCUGUUCCAAGAAAAGACAUGAGCAUUCUUCCCUCUUUAUUAGUCUACCUUUGCCCUUCCUCAUCCCUCAGCUCCGUGGAGUGGAACAACUGAUUUGUGAGGAAAGCAUCCUCUCCUCGUAUCUGUGACCACUGAAUAAAGUCUUCCU